AACCAAGUCAACCUUACGAUAACUAUAAAUAAAAGACUACCUGCAUUUGGGGAAGUUCAUCAAGAACUUGAGCAAUUAUUAUAGAGUGAGAGAGAGAUGGAAAUGCUCUACGAGAGCGCAGCAAAAGGAGAUGUAGUGGCUCUGCGCAAACUACUUCAAGAGGAUGAAUUUCUCCUAGAAAGAGUUUCUUACACAAGUCCAAACAACACACCCCUCCAUGUAGCAGCAUUAAAAGGGUAUCUGCUCUAUGUUGUGGAGAUCUUGAGCCGCAGCCCUCGCCUUGCUGAAGUGCUUAACUCUCAGCAAUCUUCGCCUCUCCACAUCGCCUCGGCACGGGGCUACGUGGAGAUCGCGAAAAGGCUGAUCGGUGCAGCACCAGAUAUGUGCCUGUCCCGCGACUCUCAGCAAUCUUCGCCUCUCCACAUCGCCUCGGCACGGGGCUACGUGGAGAUAGCGAAAAGUCUGAUCGGUGCAGCACCAGAUAUGUGCCUGUCCCGCGACUCUCAGGGCCGGAACCCUGUCCAUCUUGCGGCAAUAAAGGGCCGGGUCCAGCUGCUGGAGGAGCUCGUCUCCGUAGCUCCUCUGGCUGCUCGGCAUAAGGUGGGUCGAGGCCUCAACGCCCUGCAUUUGUGCGUCGAACAUGGCCAGCUUGGGGCUUUGAGGGUUUUGAUGGGAGAAGUGAAAGAGCUGAUCAAUGCAAAGAAUGAUGAUGGUGACACCAUUUUGCAUAUGGCAGUAGCUGGGAGAAAGACUGAGAUUAUAGAGUAUCUACUCCAAAACGACAACGUGGAUAUCAAAGCAAUGAACUCCAAUGGCCAAACAGCGAAGUCCCUUUACGAACAAAUCCAACCCGAGGCACAAGAAGAUUCUGGAGUCGCCCAUGUUCUGUGCCACGGGCUCAACAGAUCAAAAAACAAACACAGAGACACCCAGCCGGUGAAGUGGUUGACCAAGAAACGAGACUCCAUAAUGGUGGUCGCGAUCCUCAUAGCAACCAUGGCUUUCCAAGCCGGGGUGACCCCUCCAGGGGGCUUCUGGCAGGAAGACUUCACACACUAUGACAACGGCACCGCCGUGGAUAAUCCACACAAAGCAGGGGAGGCCGUGAUGGCAUACAAAAGCGAACGGGCAUUCAAAAACUUCAUGCGCACCAACACAGUGGCCUUCGUAACGUCUCUCAGCACAAUCCUGCUGCUCAUUAGCGGCCUGCCCUUCAGGCGGCCGCUGUUCAUGUGGAUCCUGAUGGUGACCAUGUGGCUCACGGUUACUACAACCGCGGCUACCUAUGCCAUAUCGAUUACUGUGGUGACUCCGAAGAAGGAUCGGAGGUCACUGAGCGACGUCAUUGAGAUCUCGCUAGCUGUGUGGUGCGGUGUGAUGUUGGUUUUGCUUGUCGGAAACACGAUUCGUUUGAUCGAUAAGUGGUUGAAGAAGAGAGGGGUUGUUGUAUGGAGGCCUAGAAGGUUUAGGAGAGAGGUGGAAAUGAACCAACUGAUCAGAUACAGCAGUCAACAAUGAGAGUUUUUUUUUUCAUUUAUCUGCAAACACAUCUAUCUAGUUUCCUAUGCUUGAAAAUUAGUAGUGUAUCAUAUUCAUGUUCA